AUAUAUCUUCGACAACCCUACGUGCUGCUCCACGAAGAAAUUUGCUGUUUAUUUAUCGCCUACACUUGUGUCCUCCUCUCCGUUUAUUUGUUAAACAGCAAGUCGCGUGCGUGUGCGUGUGUGCCAGUGUGUGAAAGUGUGUGUUGGCCACUGGCCUUGGGAUCCCCCAACUGCGAACAGCAGAGGCCCCAAAAGCCCAAAACCCAAAUAAAAAAAUUGUGCAAUAGUCGCUGCUAUGCGAAAAUCGAAGACCUGCUGCCCCAGGACGACGAUGUGAAGCUGCUGGCGAGCUGCGGGCGAAACAAGGACGCGUCAAAUCAUGUGCCUGGCGGAGCACCCCGCCCGGAGCAGUAUCCCAUCCGCUGGCCAGCGGGGCGGCAGCACCUCGCCCACCUUCAACGCCAAAUAUAGGCGAAAAUGCCUGCUCCUGCUGACGCUGCUCCUCUUCCACGGCUGCUUCAGCGGCCUGCACCGGGCCAGUGCCUUCAACUGCACGGCACACGGCGGACGCUGCCAGAACGAUGGGCAGUGCCAGGAGGAUGGCCAGUGCCUGUGUGCCGACGGUUGGCAGGGUCCCGAGUGCCAGUUCUGCGGCGGAAAAGUGCGCAUGUACCAUACCAUGGGCACGAUACACGACGGCUGGGGCAACUACUCGGUGAGUGUCAAGUGCAGCUGGCUAAUCGAUGCCCGGCACCCGCACUGGAGCCGCCGCCACAACACGAAUCCCUCGCGAACGGCCAACAUACGGAUCCACCUGCGCGAAUUUGCCACUGAGUGCGGCUGGGAUCACCUGUAUAUAUACGAUGGCGACAGCGUGGACUCCCCCCUGCUGGCGGUGUUUAGUGGUCUCAUGUAUCGAGGCAACUUCUCCAUUCGCCGAGUGCCGCAGGUCAUAGCCAGGUCCGGCACUGCCCUGGUGCACUUCUUUAGCGACGAUGCCUACAAUAUGUCAGGGUUCAACCUCACCUACAAGAUGAACGGCUGUCCCUCGGAUAGCGAUGAGGUUGAGUGCUCUGGCCAUGGAAUGUGCCGGGAAGGCGACUGCAUCUGUGAUCCCAUGUACCGGGGCGAGGCUUGCAACAUUGCUGCUUGUCCCAACAACUGUUUGGAGUCCAAGAACCAGGGCCAUUGCCUACCCGAACAAGAGCGCUGCGCUUGCUACGAGGGAUUCGCCGGCGACGACUGCAGCCAGAUCAGCGCCCAUGGAGCCUGGACCACUGUUCACCCGAAACACUCUCCGGCGCCGGCAGGCACCGCCUCACAUGGCGCCACCGUCUGGCGCGACACAUUGCACAUUGUGGGCGGAGAAUCGUACGGACGCGGCGAACUAAUGAGCACCUACGACUUCAACCGCAAUGUGUGGGAGACUGUGCGUCCGGAGGAGGGUGGCGAGGUGCCGGAUAAACGCUAUGGUGCCUCUACGGUGAUGUACGGCGACAAGAUCUUCAUGUAUGGCGGCGUAGUCAAGGGCCAGGGCAUCACAAACGAGCUGUGGGCCUUCGAUGUCUCCGCGCGAACCUGGGCCAAUAUCUCCGUUCGAUCAGAUCCCUCGUGCAAUGCCACCGGCGGAACCACCGCCAUGUGUGGACCCCUGCACGUGGUGGGCCACACGGCCACUUUGGUGCCCGGAUUCGGGGACAAGAACAACUACCAGUACAUGGUGGUCAUCUUUGGCCACUCGCCAAACUACGGCUACCUCAACACGGUGCAGGAGUUCAACUUUGGAUCACGGGAGUGGCGCAUCAUUCCCACCACAGGGUAUGUGGUGAAGGGCGGCUACGGACACAGCGCCGCCUACGACUUCCUCACAGAGAAGGUGUACGUCUACGGCGGCAUCGUGUCUGAGAGCGAGUCCAGCCAGGUGCUGAGCUCGAGGCUGUACUCCUAUGAGCCGGCCACGCGAGUCUGGAGUCUGCUUUCUGCGGCGCCCAGUGCCCGGCUCAUGCACACGGCCAACUUUGUGAACCAGGGCCUGAUGAUGGUCUUCGGCGGAAACACGCACAACGAUACCUCGCAGAGUUACGGAGCGAAGUGCUACAGCCAGGACCUGCUCGUGUACGACGUGUAUUGCGACUCGUGGCACUACCAUCCGAUGCCGGGCCACCUGCAGGCGGAUCUGGCCCGCUUCGGCCACAGCUCGGUGGUGUUCGAGGAGUCGCUGUACAUCUACGGAGGCUUCAACGGCCAGCUGCUGAACGACAUGCUGCGCUACCAGCCGGGCUACUGCAGUUACUAUACCAAGCAGGAGAAGUGCACGGCGGCUCGUCCCGGCCUGAAGUGCAUCUGGGACGUACAAAAGAUGCGCUGCAUUGCCAUAACGCAGGUCCAGCGUUCGGCCAUCUAUGGACGCGAGCAGUACGACUAUGUGGCCUGUCCGUCGAAGAGCCGGCUUACGCUCACCUCGGAGCUGCUGCACGACGUGCAUCGCUGCCAGGAGCUGGCCAGCUGCCAGUCCUGUGUGUCCACCGCCUUCGGCUGCACGUACUGCGGCAACGGAGUGUGCAUCAAGGAGCGAUGUCGGGAAACCACCUCAAUGGCUUCCGUCUUUUUUGAAUCGUCCACCCAGCUGGCCGUGUCCACGCCGGGUCCUCCGCUGAAUGCCAAGCACCUGGAUUCCUGUCCCAUUUCAGAGGAUUACCUGAUCCAGUCCGUUUGCGAGCAGCUGCACAAUUGUAGAGCCUGCUCGGCGAACCUGGCCUGCCGUUGGGACUCGGAGCAGAACCGCUGCCGGAGUCACUCAUCCGGCGGGGGAAUGGCAGCCAACAGGACGCAGGAUGAGGUAGCAUGCGCACCGGCUUGCUCGACGUUGACCAAUUGCCAGAACUGCACGGAAGAUGAGUGCAUCUGGUGCCAGAACGAGCAGCGCUGCGUUGACCGCAACGCCUAUACGGCCAGUUUUCCCUAUGGGCAGUGCCGCGAGUGGACCACCUUUACGGCCAAGUGCCGCUCAACUCCGGCCACCAAAUCGACGGCACUGAGCGUGGGCAGCACCACGGCACUCUCUAGUGCCCAGUGUGGCUUCUACAACAGCUGUCAGCAGUGCCUGGACGAUCCAGCGUGUGGUUGGUGUGACAACGGCUCCAAUACGGGCCUCGGCAGAUGCGUAGUGGGUGGCGCCUUGGCGCCCUACGACGACACGGAGUGUGCGCUGAAACACUGGUUCUUCACGUCGUGCCCCCGAUGCAAUUGCAAUGGUCAUUCAUACUGCAACGACCAGCAACACUGCGAGCAGCCGUGUAACAAUCUAACGACAGGAGCACACUGCGAGAAGUGCCGCACCGGUUAUUGGGGGAACCCCAUCAACGGUGGCAAGUGCCAGCGAUGCGAGUGCAAUGGCCAGGGCGUCUAUUGUCAUCCGGAUACCGGCAAGUGCUACUGCACCACCAAGGGCAUUGUGGGUGACCACUGCGAGAAGUGCGACUCGCAGAACCAUUACCACGGGGAUCCGCUGAAGGGCUCCUGCUACUACGAGCUGACCAUAGACUACCAGUUCACAUUCAAUCUUUCGAAGAAGGAGGACCGGCAUUUCACGCAAAUCAACUUCCGCAACUCACCGGGCAAGCCGGAAAUCGAUGCGGACUUUACGAUCACGUGCAGCGUGCCGGCCAAGAUGGACAUCUCGGUGAAGAGGGCCGGUUCGCCGGACAUGCUCAUCCUGGUGGGGGUCAACUGCUCAACAUUCCGGCAUCGAUUCGCCAAGACAGAAUACCAGUUCGGACACUCGGCGGACGACAACAGCUCGCUGACCACGUUCUACGUGUUCGUACAUGACUUCCAGCCCCCGAUAUGGAUCCAGAUCGCCUUCUCCCAGUACCCCAAGCUCAAUCUGCAGCAGUUCUUCAUCACCUUCUCCUCCUGCUUCCUGCUGCUGCUGCUCAUGGCCGCCGUCCUCUGGAAGAUCAAGCAGAGGUACGACAUGUUCAGGCGGCGUCAGCGCCUCUUCGUCGAAAUGGAACAGAUGGCGAGUCGACCGUUUUCCCAGGUGCUGGUCGAUAUCGAAAACCGCGACAGUAUUGAUCUAAGUCUGACGCUGGAGGGCAUUGGCCACUUGUCCAAGAAACGCAAAAAGGAAUGCCCCAGUCCCAUUGCUUUAGAGCCCUGCAGCGGCAACCGAGCCGCUGUGCUCUCGCUUCUAGUCCGGCUGCCCACGGGUGGCCUUUCGCAGGCGCCGUCUGGUCAGUCCGCGGGACUGGCGGUGGCCAGCGCCUUAGUCACGCUCGGCAAUCCGCGGCGCCCGUCGAUCGACCAGCAUCCCAAGGAGCCAAAGUCGAAGCGCAAGCAGAGCCAGCACCCAGACAGUUGUACAUAAUAGCCAACCGUAACACUAUGCUUACCUACAUAAAGUAAUAACGAUAACGAUACUGAUAAUAAUUAUGAUAAUAUCUAACUAGAGAAUAGGUACACACACACACGCCCACACACACGAGUAUAUAGCGUAUUUGCCCCGACUUUCUUCUACUAACACAAAAGGCAAGCUAGCAAGUUGAUAAUCCGCAGUUAUUAUUACUUUAAUGCAUUAGACUAGUAACGAAGCGAGAAGCAAACAAACAAACAAACAAAAAACAAAACAAGUAAUAAUAAUAAUUUUUAGCAAAAGGACAUAUUUAUAUACGGUUAUAUACAAUUUGAUAUAGUUGAUAGGUCGAGUAGCGUUGCAAUAGUUAUAAAUGUUUAAUUUAUUAUUUAUACCGCGUACGUGAGCUAAGUUCGAUGGCAAGCAGCUGUAUUCAAAUGAUUAUUGUAUUUUUUUUUACUUAUCCACAUACACAUAGCUUAAGCAUGUUGUUAGAAUUUAUUUAUGCAAAUUUUGCGCGCUGCGUUUGACAGUGUCGGACAUAGGAACGGAAACAAAAAGACAUUUAAUCGAUCUUAGUGAAAAGUGAUGAACAAAAAACCCGAUGACAGACGAAAGCGAUGGGGGAACAUUUAUGUACAUGGGAGCUAUGGUGACGAAAACAUGCAAUUACUGUGUUCAAUAAUAGGAAUAUUUAUGUUUUCGAUAAUCGUGCAAAUAUUUACAACGCAAUAUACGUGAGAGGGACAGAACAAAAACUAGAGCAAGCCAGUGUAAAUAAAGAUACGUAACUCUUAUUACCGCUAUAUAGAUAGCAGCUAUACAAAUACAGAGAGCGCGCAGAAAACAAAUCAAACAUUUAAGCAAAAAUUUAAAUUCAAUCACAAACUAAUCGUAAGGUUUCCUCUUGGCAACGUUUGACUACUGAAACCACAACUCACGCAGUUAAUUAACUCGAUUCAAAUCAAACUAGGACAACAACACCAAUUUACUAGACGCACUCACUCUCUAUCUCCGUAAGAACAACCUUUAGAAUCAAAAGAUACUCGUCUCAACUUGAACUAACACUUAGAAAAAAACCUCUCAACAAAGUACACAGUCUCCAGUCGCUUCGCGCCAGCAGGACAGACAACAGUUGUAAAUCUAUAUAUUUUUGUUCCAACAAAAGUCCAUUUGUGAAAUUUAAUUUCAAUUGUAAAAUGCGUUUAGAUAUACACAUAAGAUAUAUACAAAAUAUAUAUAUAUAUGAAUGAGAAUACUUGCCCCGAAAAAACACAUAGAAAUAAACAACCGAAGACUUGUUUGUUCGCCCAAAAAAAAAAAACAAAAACAAAGACAAAAAAA